AUGUUUGAAGAAGGGAGUCAGUAUGAUGAUCAGAUGGCGUAUAGAAACGAUAAUGAUGUAGAUGAUGAUGAUGAUGAAAGGACUGAGUAUACAAGCAGACUGGAGAAUAGGGAAAGGGAUCAUUAUGUUCGUCAAGAAAUGUAUGACAGAGAAGAUGGUCUGGAACAGUACCAAGAUGAGGAGAUGGAUGAUGAUCAGAGUGAACCUUCAGGCCAAUACAGGGAGAAAUCAGGCCAUGAUGAAUCAGAAGGCCUCAGAGAACAUGGAGGUGAUGGCUUAAAGAUUUUACCGGAAGGAGGAAUGUACAUGCUGCCUAUGAAAGUUAAUGAGAGCAGCAUGGAGGAGGAUUAUCGAAACAUGAGCCAUGUUUCAGCUAGUAGUCGCAGUGACAUGUCUAACAUUGGAAUGGCUGAAGUUGAAAAUGGGACUUACAUUGGUAGAGAUGAAAGUGCGAGCAGAUCCCGUAGGUCGUUGUCAAAUAUGGAAUUGGCUGAUGCGGAAAGUGGGAUGUAUGUGGACAGAGAUGAGGGAGGGAACAGAUCCCGUAGGUCGCUGUCAAAUAUGGAAAUGACUGAUGCGGAAAGUAGGAUGUACGUGGGCAGAGAUGAGAGUGCAAGCAGAUCCCGUAGAUCGGUGUCAAACAUGGAAAUGACUGAUGCGGAAAGUGGGAUGUAUGUGAAUAAAGAUGAGAGUGUGAGCAGAUCAUAUAGGUCAUUGUCAAGGUCGAGAGAUGAUCUUGCUGCCAGUAGGUCGGAUAUUAGUAGUAGAAGGCAGAGUUCAUUCUCAGCAGUGAGUCCUGAGGUUGAUACUAUGACCAGGCACCUGAGUACAAGCGUGGACCUGGAAAGGUCCAUGAGGGCUCGAGACCAGGAGAGAAUGGGUAGAUACAGUGAGGGCCACAAAAGUAGGUUUGGUUCUCCAAGCAGGAGUGAAAAAGACUUGCGAUUAAGUGAUGGUCACUUGCAUGGGAAAGGAUCCCCAUUUGAUAUGCAGAGGUUGAACUCCAGUUACGAACAUCAAAACCGAGAGAAUCAGUCAAGAUCAGCUUCCAGAAGUGUAGGAAAUCGUUCAUCAAGGGAUCUGAAUAUAAGUUCAAGGUCAAGGCACAGCAGUGGUGAAAGUUUCUCUUCUUCUAGAAAUCCUCAUGCGUCAUCCAGGUCAUUUGAUGGCGGUCCACCGACUUCUAGCAGGGAAAUGUUUCAUGCUGAAAAUAUAGGUCAUGCUACUAUAACAGAUGAUAUGUACCAGUCACCGCGGAGCUUGUUAUCGGGUCGUCGAAGCCCCAGUAUUGCCUCCACUCCUCGGGUUCAGGAGGACUGGGAGUCCGGCAGUGAGCGGGGGGAUGGGAACAGCCCACUGAAGGCGGUCACACCAUCCCCCGUCGUCUCCCCUCGAGGAGCCAGCCCUGCAAGCUCCUCCCACAGGUCACAAGGGUCAGCGAGAAUGUCAAGGGUGUCAGAUGGGUCAAGGUCAGGGUCAGUCUCAGGUGGUUCAAUGAUGUCCUCAAGGUCACAACAGCCACAGCAGUCACCUAGGACUCGAAGCCAGGGAGGUAGAACCCCACUAAGGUCAUUGACCUUGCCGCAGUCAGAAUCCAGGACGAGAUCAAGGACUUUACAAAGUCAAAGGUCAACUCCUGUACUUCUAAGGUCAUCGCCAAGGCUUCAAGGGUCACCAAGUGCAUCUCUGAGGUCAACAUCAAGGUCAAUGCAAAGGUCAUCACCACGGACACCAGGGUCAAACAAAGGCACACCUAAAUCAGACAAGUCUGUUUUAGGUAGCAGUACUAGACGUAUGGGGCUGUCGCAGGCUUCUCCAGUUAUAGCAGGGAAAAGACAAGGAUCGGCUGAGGUGGACGCUCUUCCUCAUCAGACAAUGCUGUUUUCCCCCCCAAUAGCCUCUACCCAGAACAUCGCGGCUCUCUCCCGCCUCUCCCCCCAGCCAUCAACAUCUAGACAGAGUAGAAUCACCGACUUUGUACAGCAGACAGAAGGCGAAAAUACAAACAUAACCUCCACUGCAGCUGAAAUAACAGUAGAAAGCCCAAAGAAGAAGGUUGUGAGAAAACCUCGUCAGAAGUCUCGCUACCUGAUACCAACGACAACAGUGAAGAAACAUUUCAACCAUUGUGCCGGCAUGCGUGUGGCCAAGGACGCUAUUGAGGAGGUCAUGAAAGUGUCUGAGACGUACUGGGAUAACUUGUGUGCUGACUUGGAGGCAUAUGCCAGACAUGCAGGCAGGAAACGCAUACAGAUGGCCGACUUUGAACUGCUCUUUAAGAGGCAAGGCUAUGUAACAGAGAAGACCAGUCUUAACUCCUUGAUUCGACGCUACCUCCCCUGGGAAGAAGCUGAUAAACUAAUACCAGUCAUUGGCGCAGACAACAAGAUAUACCCAAAACUGUAG